AAGAAUCAGGCUGCAGAUUUAAAGCAUCAACUUAACCGUAUCGAUCCGCGAUUUCCCACCGCACCUGAAAGCAGCACGAAGCGCCCCAUCGUGGAUAGCAGGUACCUCCACCUGGUGGCCACUGCGUUAACUACAGCCAGGCGGAGCAACCUAUCCUUCAUUAUCGACCAGUCCAGAGAGAAGGAGGACGGAGAGGCGAGCAGUGAAGGCGAACAGAUGUGAGCCGGACUACGGGAGGAGAACAAGCUGUAGUAAGGGACGGAGAACCUCUGAUUCUGCGAACAUGUGGCAACCCGCGUCGGAGCGACUGCAGCACUUUCAGACCAUGCUGAAGACCAAGCUGAAUGUGCUGACGCUGAGAAAGGAGCCGCUGCCCACGGUGAUCUUCCACGAGCCCGAGGCCAUUGAGCUCUGCUCCACCACACCGCAUGCAAAGAGCAGGACCCACGCUGGAUACAAGGUGACCUAUCUGGGCAAGGUGACAAUCUCUGGGACGCAGUUCCUGUCUGGCUGCACAGAGUCGGCGGUGGUCGGUCUGGUGGAGCGUCGCGGCCUGGCUCAGCAGCAGGGCACUUGUCCGGCUAGCAGCUCUCUGCUGGAGAUCCGACCCUUUCAGGUGCGUCUUCACCACAUGGACGAGCGCGGAGAGGCAUCAGUAACCAUGGACACCUACCAGGUGGCGCGCAUCGCCUACUGCACAGCUGACCACAGCGUCAAACCCAACAUAUUUGCCUGGAUCUACCGGGAGAUCAACGACGACCUGUCCUUCCAGAUGGACUGCCACGCUGUGGAGUGCGAGAGCAAGCUGGAGGCCAAGAAGCUGGCGCACUCGAUGAUGGAGGCUUUCCGCAAGACUUUCCACAGCAUGCGUAGUGACGGCCGCAUCCACAAGAGCGGGUCAACGGACGACUUUGCGGAGGACUCGUCCACCCCCGAAGACUCUACCCCAGACGAUGGUUGAACUAAAACACAAUACAAUAAACACAAGAUCCCCAUCCUAACAAAGUGAUGGCUGACUGGAAGGAUGGACAGAUUACCUGCUCUCUCUCAUUCUCCCUUACUAUUUUUCUGUUAUCUAUAUGAAAUAAAAUGAACUGACCAUAUGAACCAAUGCACCCAAGACAGUGAAGUAGCUUUUAACUAUCGUAAAGGAAGUUACGAAACAAUAUUUACAUAGAGGAAUAGCAAAGAGCUGCCCCAUUUUGAGUAAAUACUCAGCAAAAAGGCACCUUUGUAGUCGUUCUCAGUAGAAUCUCUCAACGUUUCCGUUUGCAACCCCUGUCAGCGCCUAUCGUUCCUUAACCUUUAGAUCAAGGAAACAAAGAAAACAAAGUUAAGUCCAUGUGCUCCUAGCACCAGGUCAGAAUAAUCUACUGCCACUCUUGCCAUGUAGGGACUCAGCAGAAAGAUGUCUGGUCCCAACUCAGAGUUUAUAUGAGACUGUUGGAGCACAUACAUUCUUGAAAUGUUUGAUUAUGUGGAGCGUAAUGCCUUCAGCCUUGGCAACAGCAAACGAGAACGUGAAAGUAAAGCUAGGCCUUUACGCACUGCUCAUGUCUUUGAUAUUGUACCUUAGUCCGAACCCUGAAUAUUAUUCACCGAGCAUAGCUGUUGAUUCAUUUAGACGAUAGAGCUACUGCCUCUGUCUCUUAAAAAAGAUUCAGAGUGCGCGUACGGCACCUGGGAGAACAUAGGUGCUAAAUAUCUUUUAGAAGUUCUCACUGGAGUGAAAGCCCGGCCCCGUCCGAGACACCUUAAUCAUCCACAUCCGACUUCUGUUUUAAGUAUACCAAAAUUCAGGCUCUCUUUUGCCUGUCACAUUAUGUGCCUCACUUUCCUCUCACAUAAGUUUGGUCUCUUACACAGGUCCCAGUGUGUAUGCGUGGCCGCGUGUCUGCUCACAAGGUUUUAUCCUACUCUUUGUCGGUGUAAUUCCCAAUUCUGAACUUUGUGUAUAUGGGGUGUACAUGCGAGUGCUUGCAUCUGUGUGUGUGUGCGUGAAAAAGAAAAGGUAAGAGACGAGGAAGUACAAUUCGUAUUGUACGAUUAGCUGGAAGUGAAGAGAGCAUCUGCUUUUAAAAUCAGACGUGGUACUACGACCAUUUGCCAAGUUUACUCAACUCCGUCUUGUACCAAUCAAAAAGAUAAGAGCGAGUGAUUGAAUGUGCCAGUCACACUGAGGUUGUAAGACCCCCUAAAUCACAGCCAUUCGAGAUAUAACAACUUACACCUCCUGGCCUCUGCUGAAUGUAUGAGUCCGACAUACUGUGAGCACCUCACAGCAUCUCCAGUCAAGUCCAGUCUCCCGUAAUCUCCUCGUGCUCUCAGACAGCUCUAAGGGGGGGUGCUGCUCUGGCCCCGCAGGCAGUCGGCCAGUGACCAGCUGUCUCCGCUGCUCUGUGUCAUCUCUCCGAGUGACUGAGGCGCCGUUGUGGAGGAAGAAAAAAACCCCAAACUCUUUCUUCUUUUCUAACUGAACUGUCCUGAACAGACUGGAAACCAUCAGUUGGAAAUGGUCUUCAGUCAGCGACUCCAGCAGAAUAUUCAAACUUGCGUAAAGCUAUACAAAUGUUACACACAUGUUGUAUUUGAUUCUUGCCUGAUAAGCUUAUGUAAAUACAAAUGUAUCACUUCCCAAAUAUUACAGUAUAAAUGUCAAUAGCUAUUUUAAGUAAUAAAGAAAAAAUGUUGAGAACCAUCAUACAAUACAGAAACAGUAUUAUAAAGCUUACUGUGAAUAAUAAGUGGAGAGCCUGAUAGUGGUGGCUGUGUGUGUGCACGCGCGUGUGUGUGUGAGGAACAGAUUUUAUGUGUUUGGGGGAGUGCUGAGUAUGGACAAGGCCAGAGGACGAGAACAGGGGAGAGCGUUUAUAAAGCUGUAGAUUAUACUGUGCCAUGUCUGUCUGGAAACUCAGACGCGCUUUAAAUGUUUAAAAAAAUGUUACCGUAAGUGUUUUCUAUACAGUGUUUGCAAAAAUCAAAAACAAUUGCAUAUAAAGUAUUUACCAAGACCGAG